CCUGGAGCUGACAGGUGGUAGCCCACAUGGUUAACAUGAUGGUUGAAGACGCGCAGAUGGAGAGCGCGUGACAUGUAUUUGUGUGUACCCUUAAAUGAAGAACAAUGUGAAUAUCUCCGUUCCCUUCUCAUAUUUCUAUUGCUUCCAAAAUCUCUCUCUGGGGGGUAUGUGCGUUGUUGAGUACAAUUAGUUUUGGUGUAGGUGUUGUGUGCAUUUGAUUUUGGUCGCAGUCGCAGUCGCAGCUCCAAUCGAAAUAUGGAGGCGAUCACUGCUUCCUUAGAGAGGUCUCUUCAAAACUGUUCCUUAAACAACAACAACAACCAUGAGAACAGGAGGGAAGACGGCUCAGCCUCAGAUGCAGGCAUAGGAAUCUCAUCCAGCUCAGACGAUGUCCCGGAUAAUAAUAAUCAUCAUAUCUCCAACUCCGACACUACCUUAGAGCUCAACUCCCACAUUUCACUCCCUUAUCAUUGGGAACAAUGCCUGGAUUUAAAGACGGGGGAAAUUUAUUACAUUAACUGGAGGAACGGGAUGAAAGCAAAGGAGGAUCCAAGAAGGGCGGCAGCGGCAGAGUAUAGUGUAAGUAGGGAAUAUGAGUCUGAAGAAGAAGAAGAAGAAGAAGAGAGCUGGUACGACAGCGAAGAGUCUUCGUCCGAGUCAUGCCCUUCUUCAUCCUAUCAGGGAGGACAGAAUGUUCUUGUGGUGGCUGGGUGCAAGGGCUGUCUCAUGUAUUUCAUGGUGCCCAAACACGUUGAAGACUGCCCCAAAUGUACUGCUCAACUCCUCCACUUCGAUCGAUCCCAAAAUGCCUCUCCAUGAUUCCCACUUCUCUUUUCUCAAUUCCAUGCCCAUGUCUUUCUUUUUCUCUUUUUCUUUCCUGCCUGUGUGUGAACCUAUAGUUCUCUCUUCUUUUUAGGAUCAAAUUUUCAACUAAUUCCAAUAGCUUUUCAUUUUCAUUAA